AUUGCCAUAGUCUGACAAGUUCAAAAUGGCUACAGUUGUAUUAGAUGACACAAGACGUAAAUAUUUCUUUUGUUGACACUGUGCAGUGCAUGGAUGGGAGUGGUGAAGAGGAACAUCAAGAAGGAGAUGAAAGAUCAAGCCAAAUCUGGCUCGUCAGGUUAAGUGUUUGAAAGUCGUUUCAAAUAUGAAUACAAAUCAUGUGUGACAGAUGUAAGUGACUUAACCAUUUAUGCUUUCGUGCCAAGUUCAGGGACUGUAGAGGAAAUUAAACACAGAUAUUUGUAUUACGUGGAAUGUGUGAUGCACGUGCCGGUAUUUCGCAAAUCGGAAGCCCAAAAUAUUCAAAAAUGGGUACGAGAAUUUAAUAUUUCAGAACGCAGUGACAUUUGACAUAACCAGUAUCCAUCAUGCAUCCAAUCAGGCGCCGUAAAAAAAGGCCAAACUACGGAGUGCGAACGGUAGAAGUAUGCAGAGGAAAAAAUGGAUUUGGAUUUACGAUAUCGGGCCAACAACCAUGUAUUCUCAGCUGCAUAGUCACCGGUAGCCCAGCGGAGAAGGCCGGCCUAAGACCAGGCGAUUAUUUGGUUGCUGUCAACGGUCAGAAUGUAAGCAAGGUUCCACACGACGACGUAGUUCGCCUUAUUGGUGGCUCUUCCGGAAUCUUAAAACUCCAGAUAGCGGAGAAUUAUUAUUCUGACAGCUCGGAUGAAGAUGUCAUUGCACCAGCGAGACCGAAACCCAAAUAUCCGCACAAACCACGUAGUGGUGGUCAACAUCAUCGACCUGUGGCGAUACCUCAGCAGAAUCGUGCAGCCAAAGUUGUUAGAGAUCUACGGACAGGAGCAAUGUUUGAAGAACAUCAACAAUUGGAGGUUGCCGCCAUCCCUUCUAGUGCACUUAUCCGCCCAGUGAGUAAACCUAGUAUUCCUCCACUUCAGCGUUGGGAACCGCCUGUCCCAUUCCCAGUACCACCUCCACGUUUAUAUCCUCAUCCACAAGUUGAAAAACCUAGAGAAACAGAGAGAGUCGAGUAUCAGGCUCUUGUCGGGUACCUGGGCACAAUUGAAAUGCCUAAAGAACUCCAGCCUGGAUCCAGACUCCAAGUAGUACGUGGUUGUAUUAGACGACUUCGUGCUGAAAAGCGAGCUCACACGUUAGUGUUGAUGAGUGUGCAUUCUCAUAGUCUUACCCUGAAAAACUGUCAUCAAGCAAUAAUUGCUGAGUAUCCAGCAGAACGUGUUACAUUCUGUGGCUCCAGUUCGGAUGAUGAGCAUCGUUUCUUUGGACUUGUUACAGCUGCAAUUAGAUGUGUGGAUGAUGAAAAUGACAGUGGAGAGACAAUAGCAUCUAGUUCCUGCCAUGUUUUUGCUAUAGAGCUAAGACUCCAUGGCGCACAUUCCGUCCAUGCUGCAAAGGCUGAAGCCUUUAAGCUCAAUUGUAAGACUGACCCAGCAACAGGAUUGUGCAGUGAAUUUCCAUCCUCCUCAGAUCCUGUAAUUGCUGCUAUAAAGGUUCUGUACAGUAACAGGUAUGAAAGAGGUAAUGUUGAAAAUGAAGAACCACUGUUAGCAAACUCACCCCAGCCAAGCAAUGCCAGCAGCACUAACACAACAACAUCAAGUAACAGUGAUUCUGGUAUUGGUUUUAGAGAUGAUUGUGGUAAUCAGUCUGAUCGCAUACUCAUGGUUGAUGUGCAGAAUCAACGAUUACAUAUUCAGCAGGUUGGUGAGGUCCAGGUUCCCAAACCACGUGUUUAUGAGCUAGCAGGAAGAGUCAAAGACAAUGCUAAUGCGAGGUUGACUGUGCGUGCAAUGCCAGAUCCAGCUAUGAACAGUGGAGGUGCAAUGGUAGCAAGUAGUCGUAGCCGAUCACCACUUAGCAGUAGUUCUUGUGAUGAUGGUAGUCGUAGAGUAUUUGCAGAACGUGUGCCAAACAUUCCAGCUUACAGUUUUCCUGUUGCGAGAUCAAAUGAUGACAUGAGUGUCAGCAGUGGAACAAACAGGAGUCAAGACCACUUGGCUUUACCAUAUAAGCCUGAACCUUAUGAAACAGUGAGGGACUUUCACCCACAUUUUUCAGAUAAGUUGGAUCCUGAGUGUUACUCUGUGCCUGGUUUCAGUGGUUUAUGUGGAAAAGGUGUAAGAUCAACUGAAGCUAUGAGUAUAAGUAGUGCACAAAGUCAGGAUCCUCUCCUGUCAUAUAAACUAAGCCCAAAAGUAUUUGGACUUCCUAGGCCUGUUACACACAGCCUUGAAGACCUGAAAGUUCCAGACCCAGCAGGGUUAGAGGACAGUGCAAGUGGGGUAGCUAUACUUUCACCCAAUAGCCAAAGAGGGCAGCAAUGGGGCAGUCUGCAGGAACUUCGGAGCUUUGUUGCUAAUUGUUUUGAAGCUUCACCAGUCCCAGAACACUUGCAUUCUGAUCAAGAAUCGACAAGCUUGGAACAAGAAGAGCCUGAGAAAGGUGUUGCAAGUUGGGCAACAGCAUUUGAGAAACUGUUGGAGGAUCCAGCAGGUCUUCAUACUUUUGCUGAAUUCUUGAAGAAGGAAUUUAGCCAUGAAAAUAUUUACUUCUGGGUGGCAUGUGAAAGGUACCGUGAACUGAAAGAUGAUUCGGAGAGAAAACGAGCAGCAAAGGAGAUAUUUGAGCGGCAUCUGUGUCUUGGAGCCUUAGAACCUGUAAAUGUGGAUUCUCAUGCACGGCAAGUUACUCAAGAUGGGCUGGAACAAGCUCCAGAGACUUUGUUUGUUCAGGCCCAGAAGCAAAUUUUUGACCUUAUGAAGUUUGACAGCUACCCACGUUUCAUCAAGUCUGAGCUUUAUAAAGAGUGUUUGUUGAGACAGCUCUCAGGACAAGAGCUGCCGUACACUGGUGGUGAAGACCUAGAUUCAGGUUUACAGCUGAAGCCCAAAGCAGAGGGUGAUGGUUCACCAAGCGGAACACGCACCAAGUUGAAGAAGAGCCGCAGUGAUGCAGAAGAUCGGCGGCGUAAAUCAUUGUUGCCGUGGCAUCGCAAGAAUCGUUCAAAAUCGAAAGACCGAGGAGAAUCUGAAUACAACAAGAUGAGAAUGAUAAAUCAGCAGAGGGAGACAGAAGAUGCAGUUUCUGUGCGAAGUGAUGUUACGAGCAGUAGAUCAUCCCUAGCUUCGUGGGAUCUUGCACUUAGAGGCUCAUUUAGCAGACAGUCUGUAACAUCAGGAGAACUAGGAGAGCGUGAAACAUGUACUUUAUGUCGUGUGAUUCUCGCUGAUGGAGCAACAACAGUUGUCCAGACAAGAAAGCAUGAAAAUGUGAAAGACAUGGUUAAGAGGCUCUUGGAUAAAAGAGGCCUUCAUUACUCGUCCUUUGAGGUGUAUGUUGGAAAUUCAACGAAGCCUGUACCAUUGGAUGAAGAAUCAUCUGUUCUUGGUGGAAAAGAAGUCCAAGUGGAGCAGAAAGUUUCGUUUCGACUCGAUCUACCCAACAGAAAAACAGUGGGUGUGAAAGCAAAAUCUUCAAAAUCUCUUGGUGAAGUUCUAAGGCCAAUCCUACAUAAAUAUGGCUACAAUGUGGAACUUGUUACACUCUGUCUUAUGAGUGAAAAUGAAGUGCUAGAAUUAAAUUUACCAGUAUUAGCAGUUGACAACCAACGUCUGCAAGUUCUGACAAGAAGUGCCGAAGUGUGGAAGAAUGAUGCAGUCCACAAAACAAAAUCAGGUCCAACAUUGGAUGAAAUAACGAACAGGGUUUUUGAGGAGUUGCUGCAAGGGAAAGCUGAGGGCAGGACAACACCUGAUCAGGGAUCUGUUAGGUCAGAAGAUUGGGGUUCUGAACAUUCAUCAGGAAUAUUUGGCCGCUUCUUAAGAAGAGAUUCAGGAUUACUGGAGAAAUCUAGGGAUGCACGUGGGAAAAGCAAGAAGAGUGGCAUGAACAAGCAGGAAGAGCCUGAGAGUAAAUCAUCAGUUGUCACUCGUGCGCCUCUUAUUGCAAAGUGGAAAGUUGGUGUCAAGUUGCAGGGCCGAUCUGAAAGUGAUGAGUUGUAUGAAGGUUUGAAGAGAGCACAGAGAAGUCGGCUAGAAGAUCAAAGAGGAACAGAAAUAAACUUCGAGCUUCCUGACUUUCUGAAAGAUAAGGAAAAUGCCCCACAGACUGGGAAGAAACUUCGAAAAUUUAGGCGGAGUGAGGACCCAAGCCAAACAAAAUUUUAUGAUUCUACAGAAGUGCCGACAGCACAGGCAGUUGGGAGUAGCCAUGAAAGUUUGCUGCUUGAACCAAACACUAAAAACCCCCUGAACAUUGAUAAAGAGUCAAGCACAGGCUUGGUUCCACACUUCUUAGACAGCAGUUUUAGUGCUGACAGUGUUGUUCCCAGCCCUAGGCAGGCAGAAGAAUACUUUUUAGGUCGAUCUGCUGGAAUUAUGGAGUUCAGUGGGUGCAAAUUGACAAGAAGUGAGAAAAUUGGUGUCAGUGGAACUGAUAAGAACAGUGAGGCAGUAAACAGAAACUCUUCACCCGAUAACACACUGGUGGAAGCAGAUCUUGGAGAUGUGACUCUUACAUGUGAUUCAACAGAUGAGAACAGUAAUACUGCAUCUGUAACAACACGUUCACGGCAAUUAAGUGAUCCACCACCUUUGCCUCCAAAACCUAAGCAUUUACCUUCAAAAGCUUCUUUAUGGGGAGUAAGCAAUAUCCCUCCAUUUCGAGCAUCAACAGAUGCUCCAAAUCCAUGUGCAAGGCUUGUUCGUCCUAAUGAUGUAAAAAGAGAUGCUAAAAUAUGUCGAAGUCGAAGGGCAGUAUAUCUUGAUCAACCAAGCAGCAGCUUUGUGUGAUAUUUGUAAAUAUGUAUUCAUAGUAUAUAAAAUAUGAAAUGUAUGGUGCAGAAGAAAGUUCUGUUUCAUUUAAUUUUAAAAUGAAUGUUUAUACCUUCAAGUACAAACUUCAACCAAACUUUACACAACUGGGCAACAUUUUGUAAUUGUAUUGCAAAUGGCUAUUGUCAUCAAUUAAUCCUUUCCUCUUCCCUCUAUACUGGAAACCUUAUAAUAUUACAUUCACAUUUCAGGGAUUACAGCAUUUAAUCACCUUAAAAAUCAAGUCACAAAUGACUGAAAGUGCACAUUGAAAAGAGGUAGAUUAUACUGUAGUGUCGAAAUUAACACUACUACCUUUUAAAUGUUGUUCCCCCUGAUUUGGUCUUUAGGAACAUUCUGUCCAAUAUGCUCUGUUACUGUGCAUACUUCAGUUUCCAUUACUAUUGCAACCUGAAGAGUGGAAAGGAAACAUUUCUGUGCAAUACAGAUGUUAAAACCAAGGAAAAUAUUAAUAAAUAAUUUUAUAAUGCGGCUUCAGAAUUCAAUUGAUAUUAAAGUUUAAAUAUAAUGUAAAAUUGCCAUUUAUAUAGUUUUUUGUGUUUUGAAAUGUACAGUUUGUCAAAUGUUUGAGUUUUUGUUCUGUAUAGCAGCAGUAGUUACUGCUUUUUAGUAAAGUAGAGCCUUUAACUAAUUCCAUUACUGUUGUUAAAUUUUCUGUUGUACCAGAGUUUAUUGUUAAUUUUCUAUAUCUUGUUAUUCAUGUGAGGCGUAUAAUGGACACACAUUAACUUCUCAGACAAUCAUUCUGUUAUAUCUUUUCAUGUGAUAACUGAAGCUUCCUGUACAUUUUUUAUUACUAUUAUUUACAUUCCGGUGGUUCAGUAUUCAAGAAAUCUAUGUAUGUGACAGUAUUUUAUGAUAGUUAUUUUGGGUAAUGUGGUAACUAAAUAAUUCUAACUGUUGUUGCUGAAUUUUUUGCUGUUUGUAGGUUAUUGACAGCUUUCUGUUCAGAUACAGUAUUGAAAGUGAGUGUUAUUAGGUGUGUGUGUGUGUGUGUGUGUGUGUGUGUGUGUGUGUGUGUGUGUGUGUGUGUGUUAAAUGUUAUACUGAAAUUUCAACAUUAUGUACAGACUGUAAAUUUUCAUCUUGCAUAAUUAUGCAAAGAACAUUUCUCAUUUUUAUGUAUUUUUAAAAUAAUCAUCAACCAUUUUCUUCAUACUCAGAGAAAAAUUAUGUCUCUUUCUUUUCUGCUCACACAAAAGAACUGAAAUAUAAAUGAUUCACAAAAUUUACUGCGAACAAGAUGGAGUAGAAAAUGGCAAACCUUUUAAGCCAAUUGUUAUUCCAUAAUUUAAAUUGUCAAGUUGUUUGGUAUAAUAAUGCUACAGUUGUGUAAGUUACACUUUACAGAAGAAAGAACACUGUAAUGUUUAAAUUGUUGCUCACAGCUUGGGAGCUUUUUGUGAAUAUUUCCAGACAGCCAGUAUUUCAGUUGUGUUCCAUCCUGCUGUCUUUGACUCAUCCUAAGAGUAGAUGGAUGAUACACACCUGAAAUAUCUGUCCUCCAAGUACUGGAAUACAUGGCAGUAUUCCAGAAAUCUCAUUGAAUACUCAAGACACAAGGGAAACUUAAAUAAUCAUAUGGCCAGCUCUGUGCUGCUACAGUGGAGUACUGUAAAAUAAUAAUGACAAAAUUUGAUAUUAUUUCAUCACAUACUGCGCACAAAAUAAAAAUGAUUAUCAGAAAAAUGAAGAAGAAAAUCUAGUUUCUGUUUACUUCAGUGCAUUAAAUUAUCCUGCAUCUUUGUAUUGAAAUGAGAUGAUUUAUUUUGUCAAAUACCCAAUUAUAUUACACCAAAGAGAUAUCAACAUACAUUUAUUAAAAAAUCCAAUGUCAAUGGGCUAUAAUAGGCAAGCAAAGUGCAUGUCUCAUGAUGAGGACAGCACUGUGCAGAGUUCAGCUUCAGGUACUCAGAGUUGCCGUAAGUUCUGGGUGCUGAAUCCCAACUCCCUCAUUCUUACUGUUUCUCCCCCUCCUACUACUCCCCUCAAGUAGCAGUUAGUACUUCUUGCCACUAGCCUAGCAGCUGCCGAUGAGGGGCAGGGGGUGGUUUGUUUGCUUCUGAUUCUCGAAAGAUUGUUGACACAGCAGCCAGAGCCAGCGGUCACUUGUGCACAAGUUGUCUGAGUGUUUGUAUGAAUGUGUGUGUGCCCUUGUUUUUCGACAAAGGCUAUAGCCAAAAAUUUAGUUGUGAGAGUUUCGUCGUCUUUUCUACAUGUCUGUCUGUAGCUCAGCAAUCAUCUCUACAGUGAAUUGCUACCUGUCCUCAUUAGUACAGAUUCUCAGAGUAUUUGCACAAGUUACCUUUUGCAUGGAUUGAUCACUGCAGUCUCAUUUCAUUAACAUGGUGUCUUUGACAUGUUAAUAGCUGGACACAUGAGUGGACUUCCACCAUGGGCCAAAGCCACAGGCCAUUUCUGCCAGUAUCUCUAACAGAUUGGGCUUGCUGAUCUGAAGCCCAUUGUUUCCCAUUAAUGUGCAAGCCCUACCUGUCAGAUCUAGUCUCAUUGAUCUACCCGCAGGCCGGGUCUGUUUGUGUGUGGCAUAAUGCAGUGGAUUUUUGUGGUUGAUCCAUGGACGUAGGACUGUGGUGCUCUUUGUACACUAUGUACUAAUAUAUUUCUCAAAAGAAAAAUUCCACAAUACCUGUAAAAUAAAAGAUAUAACACAGUGGGUAAUAACCAACAAUAACGAACAUAGUAGAACCAGCAUUUUAUUGGCAGUUACCUAUACUAUUGGCUUACAC